AUGGGCCAGGGAGAAUCGAGACAGAACCGCGACAAGGAUAAAGAUAAGGAGAAAAAGAAGUUUGAAGCUCCUAUCCCAACUCGAGUAGGCAAGAAGAAGCGAGUAAAAGGACCAGAUACUGUUAACAAGCUUCCAACAGUCACUCCUUACACCAAAUGCCGACUUCGUCUGUUGAAGUCUGAGCGUAUCAAGGAUUUCUUGCUAAUGGAAGAAGAAUACAUCAAGAACCAAGAGCGAAUGAAUCCUCAAGAAGACAAGAACGAGGAAGAACGCUCCAAGAUCGAAGAGGUCCGAGGCUCUCCCAUGGCCGUCGGUUCGCUCGAGGAAAUUAUCGACGAAAACCACGCCAUCGUCUCGACUUCGGUCGGCUCUGAGCACUACGUCAAUAUCUACUCCUUCGUGGACAAGGAUCAGCUCGAGCCUGGCUGCACGGUUCUCAUGAAUCACAAGGUCCAUGCUGUCGUGGGCGUCCUCAGCGACGAUACUGAUCCACUAGUUUCAGUGAUGAAGCUGGAAAAGGCGCCAACAGAGACCUACGCAGAUAUUGGUGGUUUGGAUCAACAGAUUACAGAAAUCAAGGAAUCUGUCGAACUCCCAUUGACGCAUCCCGAGUACUACGAAGAAAUGGGCAUCAAGCCGCCCAAGGGAGUUAUUCUCUACGGUCCCCCUGGAACCGGAAAGACCCUCCUUGCCAAAGCCGUAGCUAAUCAAACCUCUGCCACUUUCCUCCGCGUCGUCGGUUCUGAACUUAUCCAGAAAUAUCUCGGUGACGGUCCCAAGCUCGUUCGAGAACUUUUCCGGGUCGCAGAAGAUAACGCUCCAUCGAUCGUUUUUAUGGAUGAAAUCGACGCUGUUGGUAUGAAGCGAUAUGACUCGAACUCCGGCGGAGAGCGUGAAAUUCAAAGAACAAUGCUCGAGCUUCUCAACCAGCUCGACGGUUUCGACUCACGCGGUGACGUCAAGGUGAUUAUGGCAACAAACAGAAUCGACGCGCUCGACCCUGCGCUCAUCCGACCUGGCCGUAUUGACAGAAAGAUCGAGUUCCCACUCCCAGAUGUGAAAACCAAAAAGCGCAUCUUCAACAUUCACACCACAAAGAUGACGCUUGCCGAUGACGUCAACUUGGAAGAGUAUUACAACUCGAAAGAGGAGCUCUCUGGUGCUGAUAUCAAGGCCAUCUGUACUGAAGCGGGUCUUCUCGCUCUUCGUGAGCGAAGAAUGAAGGUUUGCAACGAAGACUUCAAGAAAUCAAAGGACAACGUUCUCUACCGAAAGAAAGAAGGUGUCCCAGAAGGCCUCUACUUGUAA